AUGUCGGCGGACGCGUAUGGAGCUCCCGGGGAGGCGCUGGACCGCGGUCCCGUCGCCGGUCGGGAGGCCGCCCCGGAUCCCGACUCAGUCUCUCCCGCUCCCCUGCCGACUCCCUGCGCCUCUAGCGCCUCCCUGAAGAAGUCGACCACCCCCUGGAGCUCGCCGCCCACCUUUGAGACCCUGCUGGAGUCGGUUGGCGGGUUCGGUCUCUACCAGCGGGCACUCUGCGUGGGGCUGAUCGGCUCGUCGACGUUCGUCUGCGCGCUGACCUACUACACGCAGGUGCUGGUCCUGCUAUCCCCUCCGCUGCGCUGUGUGGACGGAGCCGGGGGAUCGCUGCCCGCCGGAGGGGCCUGUGGGUCGGAUGGAGACCCCGUGCAGGGCGACCGCUCCGUCACCGCCUGCAGGAAGUGGGCCUUCGACACGGACAAGUUCUUCGCCACCAUCACAUCGGAGAACAACUGGGUGUGUGAAGACGCCUGGAGGCCGUUCGUCAUCCACGCCGUCUUCUGGGUGGGAAACAUCUUCGGCUCCUGGGUCUGGGGCACUAUCAGUGACAAACUGGGCCGCCGACCGGCCACGCUGGCCUCAUUCGUCCUCUACAGCGUGUUCGGAGCGAUGACCCUGCUUCAGCCCUCCAGCAUGGCCGCGCUGGCUACCAUACGGUUCCUGGUGGGGACCGCCCACCAUACCAUCUCCCACCUGCCCUACAUGCUCGUGAUUGAGUACUGCGGGGCCUCGGCGCGGAUCUACCCUCUGCUGGCUCUGAUCGGCUCCUGGAGCCUGGGAGGCGCCCUGCUGCCAUGGAUCGCGUAUGCAGUCUGGGACUGGAGGAUUCUGAUGCUCAUCUCCAGCCUUCCUCUGCUGCUGACUGCUGCCUUCUAUCG